AUUUCCUUAGCUUGCAGUUUUCUCUUUUCUCAAAAGAGAUUUCAGGGACUUCGCGGGGCUUGUUUUCUUCUUUCUGGACCGCGUUUGUUCCCCACCAGGUGGAUCAAGGAAAUUUUGUUGCUUAAAAAUGGCAGCCGAGUGUGAUGCGAGUGUGAAGCAAGCAGAGACCCUGUCAGUGCCUUUGAAACAUGGAAGGGGGAGCACAAGACGAUCAUUGUUGAUUCUUGGGAUGAUAUUUCUAUCUUCACUACUGUGCCUUUUUCUAGUAUACUGGAAUUUCCCGACGCUUGAACCGUCUGAAAAGCAGCACAUGAAGCUGCCACGAGAUAUAGAGGACGCCAAAGGCUUGGGACAAGUGCUCAACAGAUACACAGAUCGUUAUUUCUUCACUGUCACAUCUGGCUUCUUUUUCACCUACAUCUUCUUGCAGUCCUUUGCGAUUCCAGGCUCAAUCUUCCUGAGCAUCCUCUCUGGUUUCCUCUUUCCGUUCCCAUUGGCUCUGUUCCUGGUUUGCCUCUGCUCAGCAUUGGGAGCCUCCUUCUGCUACUUCUUCUCGUACCUGGUCGGGAGGCGCCUGGUGUUCAAGUACUUUCCUGCCAAGGCCUUGAAGUGGUCCGAGCAGGUGGCACGGCAUCAGGACAAUCUGCUCAACUACAUGAUCUUCCUGCGCGUCACGCCGUUCCUGCCCAACUGGUUCAUCAACGUCACAGCACCCGUCAUAGAUGUGCCCAUAGCCCCUUUCUUUCUGGGCACAUUUGUAGGUGUGGCGCCGCCAUCAUUUGUAGCCAUCCAGGCUGGCACCACGUUGCAUAAGCUGAGCUCGUCCCGAGACGCAAUCUCCUGGUGGUCGGUGUCCAUGCUGGCCAUCUUUGCCGUGCUCUCCCUGCUGCCGGUGAUCUUCAAGGGCAAGCUCAAGCAGAAAGUGCUCUAGUGCUCCUCUUCUGGCCAGGAUGCACGUUCCUCGCGUGUCUCCGCUGUUGACUUGCUGACACCCGCCCAAUUUUUCUCACGUUUUCCCUCGUUUGUGUGGCCUACCCCUUCCUCCCACCGUACCGUCAACCCUUGUUUGCCUACUGUAAAACACUCUCUAAAGAUUUUUUUUCUUUGCAAAAGAAAUUUGCCGUGCCUCCGUCUUCUUGUCCGGAGACUUGCCUGGAAAGGUAGCUUUUCUCCCGUUUCUUGGUUUCGUCCUGCUGUUUCUCUCUUGCGAGGUACUACUUUCAUCACACUUGGCUCCCCCCUGCUGUCUGUUCAAAAAUUGUUAUUUAUGUCAUGGACAAAAUGAGACAAUUUAAAAGAUGACUGGAGGCAUUUUUAUUUUGAUGUCGCCUUUAUUGUUUGUGCCUCUGCAGUUGUAUAACCUAAAUGUUUUUUUUUCUUUUCUUUUUUGUGCGUGUGUGACUUGGAACUAGUAACACUAAACACUUCCAUGUAAGAAAACACAUUGUACUUGCGACCAGUGCCUGCUACUGAAAUUGUAGUAACUGCACAUUUUGAUGUUUCGGCUUUGCACAUCUGACAGGUUGUGUUGUUGUUGUCCAAACGAGCCCCUGUAGUUUUUUUCUUCCACUUGUUUGAGGUACCUUUGUGUUUCCAAGAGCCCAAUACAAGCCUGGUUGGUUGACUUCAUGUUUGUUACACUAUUUCACUGGCUAGCUUGUUUCUCUUGGCUCCUUGUCAAUGAUGGGAGCUGCAUAAGCUGCUGGUAUUGUGUGAUAGGUUGAUGUCUUCUGUCCUCUCUUCUUUUUCUUUUUUUCAGCGGGGCAGCCGCAUUCUCUUUUUAUUCUGUGUGUUUGGCAUAAAGUUUUCACAUUUAUCAAAGUUACAGUAUUCCUUUGUCAUUUUCUGUCACGUUUCGUUCAUUUUUCUUUUGUUUGUCCAUGACCAGGGCCGCGCAUUUGCUUUUUCCCUUGUGAGCAGACCUUCUUGCUAGACCUCCUUCAAUAGCUUGCUUCUGCAAUUCAGUUUUGAAAGUGGCCAAGUUAUUCGGAUUGUGUCCUGCAACUUCCAGUGACGUCAACAUACAUCUAGAAAGGCUCAGAUGCGUGCUUGCUUGUUUUGGUCAACGUUGCGCUCAUAGCAUGUUGCAAACAAGUGAAAUGUACUACUUGGAAGUGCAAGCCUGUCUUGUCAGUGCUGUUUUGAGUUGUGACACAGUCUGUAUAUAAAUAUGAACCACACUGGGGCAUGCCACUUCAGUUCUACAGAGUUGUGCGAACAAGAUUGCGUGGUGUUUGUUCUUUUACGAUGGUCCCGAGGGCUCCAUCUACAACUGAAAUCGUAGCCUGUGGCUCAGGGCUGUACAGCAUGCGUUGUGGUGGCCCACGUAAGCAGUUUUCUGUUGAGCUGCCAUGCCGCAAUCACAUGAAAAAGGAAAAGAAAAAUGCUACAUAGAAGGCAUCUCAAAACUUAGCUCCGUUAUUCACCAGGCUAACAGUACACAAUCCAUAAAAAGAGCAUGUACUCUUUCAGGCAAACCUGUACAGAGUGCAGCAGGAUAAAAUGAAUUGGGCAUGUAAAUAUUGUGAAAGGCAAAGCAUGUUGUAAAUGCAUGUGUUCAGGUUGAGGAAUAAUAGCAAGCUUACCCCUGUCGUGGCUAUUUGCGGUACUGAUGGCAUGCGAGACUUGCGAGUGGUUGGACAUACAUUUGGUGACAUUGGAGUGGAGUUGAUGGUAAUUAGUGCAUGCAGACUAGGUUAAUGUGGAAGCUAAGAUUAAGGGGCACCCAUGAUUAAGGGGCAACAGUAAGUUGCAAUAUCGAAAGUCUGAAAGCACUACUCUGUAUUAUUGCAGGGUCAGCAAAAUUUAUCUACACGGGCAGCCAAAAGAAAACACAUGCGAUGAGUGGAUUCACUUCAAGAUUUAGCUGAGUAACUAGAAUUUCUUGCCGAGUGGACCAUAAAUAUGAUUGCUUUGGCGCAAACAAGGAAGAAUGGGAGCGAACAAGGGGAGUGUCAACUUUCGACUCUUUAUUCUCUAUUGCACAACAUGCAAUAUAUACAUGCAGGCGAAUGCGCGACAUACAAAAAACAGCUUCAAUCGCAGAACAGAAUGUGCUACUGGAGUCUUGUACGAGUUCCUGCCGUCUUGCGGUAAGACAUAUGUCGGCCAGACUGGGCGAUGCAUAAAAGAGCGUGUGUGGGAACAUGAGCUGUCACUGAAAGGUAAAGACUGAGCACGUUUGCCUAAGCGCUGCAAUUCAGAUCCAUGUGAGCCACGACUGGACAAGAGGCGGAAUCUUGGAAGAAGCGAGGACACCACGGCACAUGAAUUGUUAGAGGUGUUUCAUAUUAAAGAGCAAGGCUCGUCUUGUAUUAGCGACACAUCAGUUUUACUUUUGCAUGUAGAAAGAAGGUUUUUUGAUAGCCGGCUGUGAUUAGGGUGUUGUGCAAUUGAAUCUGUUUUUGUAUGUCGCGCAUUUGCCUACGUGUAUAUAUUGCAUCUUAGACAAUAGAGAACAAAGUCGAAAGUUGGCACUCCCCUUGUUCCUUUCCUUCCGUACUUGUGCCAAAGCAAUCAUAUUUAUGGUCUACUCAGCAACGUGAACUGACUAGCCCAGCAACAUGUACUUCUGGAUAACUAGAAUUUGAUGACCACAAUCCUUGCAGUACGCUACUGACAGGAUCCUCUUAUAGCGACGGUAAUGAGAAAGCACACUUUUGAACUUUGCAGCCCUGGCUGCAUUUGUGGCCACAUUUCUGAAAGUUUUUAUUUUCUCUCUCUCGGCUUUCAAAGUUGUUGACAAAAGUGAGCUUAAUAUGACAGGUUGAUUACCUCCAAUGGAAUAGGCUCCCACAGUCAAGCCUUCGCAAGUAUUACAGUAAUGCCAGCUCACCUACCACAAUACGCUAAAAGCCGCAUGCGACCUGCUUGACACCCAUUUGAAAUAAAGCUGGCCACUACAAUGAAAUGUGCACUACUUAGGUGCUGUCAUAGUUAUAUGCUCGGGCAUGUUUCAUGUGCUCAUUAUCUUGGUAGACAAGUGUAAUGUAUGCGAUUAGGUGCUUGGCAGCCAGUAGUGUUAAAGGAGUGACUUGGGAUAGUUUCAAAUGUCUUCAAAAAAGCCUUGAUCUGCACAGCUUCGAACAGGGUAGGGCGCGCCUGGCCUUGGUGCUAGGUUGUUUGGGAUGGAUGCCUGAAUGCCCUGAUACUUGCAGGUUGUGUAAUCUUUGUUGUACGUGAUGUGCACGUUGUGUUUCGUCUGCAUCUAUGGCUACUGUUUAUGUGGUUGCACGAUCGUGGGAGACUAAACAAGCAUGUCUAUAGCUUAGCCCUUGGAGCUCGUAGAAGGCAAUUUCGUGUUGCUCCAUUGGCCGUCGGUGUGAGAUCGUGCCUGUGGUUGAUGUGGUCUGCGGAAAGUGUCUUCCCAAUAGGAAGUAAUAAGGGCAAAAUACAGUGCAAUCUUUUUUCUUUCUAUUUCGCAAGAACAGCUACUAUAUUUUGUACUGCAGUGUGCCCUAUUGCAAUGCACUGAAGUUGUUUCAUUUUGGUGUGCCUGCUUUCCUUGUCUCGACCAAAAAGAAAGAGUUAAAAAGAAUGUAUCCUGUGUUGGGAUUUUCAGUUGCUUUCAGUUGAAAAAUUCCAAGAGUCGCUGCAAUGUUCCAUGAAAGGUUGAAUGUUGCGUACAGGCUUCAUUUUGGUACAGCAAUAACAACCUUACCUUCCUGAUGCUAUGUUUGUAAAAGAGAUAUAUCCAUGCUCUCACUCUGCUUGACAUUAUAUGCCAUGAAUGUGGCAAUUAAGAGUCCCCGCAAGCAUUUUGUCAUCACUAGGACCAACAAUAUGCGGGCCAUUUCCGUUUUGCUGACAUCAUGGAGAACAUAUUUGCAGUAAAAUUGCCGACUCAGGUUUUGUUGUCAACUUCAGCUUUUGUUUUUGCAACUUUUUGAGACUUUACACAAGUAUGCCCAUCUUUAUAGGCACAGUGCAGCAAUGUGUUGAGCUGGGUGCAGAAACAAACAGUGCCACUGAUGGCAGGAAAUUUGUCCAUGGCGCAUGAAACAGGCGAUAUUGCUCAUGACACACACUGGCCACACUAUGCGAUAAGUCGCCCAUGCUGGGGCUUACAUAAGCAUUACUUUCUUAAGCAACACUUCGAGCUUUCAACAGCCACACAACUGAUUGUGUGCUUGCAAGAUCAAGAUGCACAAAAGACAGUGGAAAAUAAAAACACAGUGCCCUCUGUGAUGCAAAGAGACAUCACAUUUGUGGUGUGCUAUCUUGGUGCCCCUUGGAGGCAGCAAGAUGUGAAGUCUGAUCAGUCUAAUCUCAAAGUAGGUAGCGCAAAUGCAUAGGCCAGAACUAAGAGACGCAACUAAACUUUGGCAAUUUUUGUUUCUGCCUUCUGGCAGCAACAGCUAAACGUGUGAAAAUUAGUGUAAUAGAAAGCGAUGCAAAGAACUGACAAACAAAUUGAGCAUCAAAACGUCAAUUUCGUAAGUUAACAUCAUCGAAAUCAAACGGCGCGAAUGGAACGAAGAACAAUAGACUUGGACAACGCAGGCGCUAGUUGUGAGUCAGCAGCUACGCUGUGCGAGUCUAUUGUCCUUUGUUCCCCUCGCACUGUUUGAUUUUGAUGAAGCAGAACAUAUAACACUUAGCAAGUACGUUUCAUGGAAUAGCCGUUUAUGUUUGCACUUUGAACGUUUUGUUGAGCAUACACAGCAAUUGUUUGUGUGGAUGGGCACCUUUAUAAUGCUUCAGGUUCAAACAGAGUUUUUAUCCAGAAUUUUAUCUCUCUGCAAAACAUGCCAGUCGUGGUACAUACUUCUCGAGUGCUGCCUGCUUCAUGUGUUAUGUUCCACGUGAUAUGUUUGUAGUCCCUGCCGUUGGUGACACUGUUUGCUAAAACACUGGUGGUAUUGCACAACUGGACUGUGCCUGCGAUUUUUUUUUUUCCUUUUUGAAAUGAAACUGUUGGACACACAAAAUAUAUUUUGCACAUCAUGCAAUAACAAGACAAUUGUUUUAGCACUGCCGCGAGAAAUCGGUUUUUCUAAACAAAACAUUCCUUGGGGUUAGCCACCAGCCUGUUUUGUGAAGUGUUUGUUGUUUGUAGUGUGCAGUAGUUUCAAGUGAUCAGUGUUGUCUAACUUCAAUCUUGCAUACUGGUAUUCUCUAGGAGCAGAAAACUUCAAAGUUGUGAAAAGGGCAGCAAAGUGUGAAGGACGCUUCCGAUACCUUUUUGGCUUUUUUCAAACCUCCUUUCCCUCUUCUUUUCCUUUUUGUUGAAAGGUAGAGAACAGUAUUUCUUCAGCUCAUCUUUUGAAUAGACUUUUUAUUCUCACAGCUGGAUCCUGAAAACUAGUCAUGACUAUAGCUUGUUUAUAUAUAACAAUGUUUUAGCAAGCAGUGUGGCAAGAAGCCUCUGUUAUUACAGUGAAAAGAAUAUUUGAGCUGUGCCGUUAGUAUGCUCUAAGUGAUAACAAAGGUAGUGUCUACUUUAUUUGCAGUGUUAAAGAAGCGUUCAUUGCAGCUAACCUCUGCAGUUUUUUUUUCUUUUCUUUACUAUAGUGAAUCUGGCAGUCUUCACAAGUGCACCUAAGUAUUAGCAACCACAGCAUCAAGCUUUGGAGCCUGUCAGAAUCAAUUGCUAGCUGCCAUUGUUAACCAACCAAAAUAAUCGGAACGUUGUAAUACAUCUAAGCACUGCAUACAGUUUUUCUUUUUUUGCCUCGUUUAUUACUAACACGCCUUCUACAUUGGUACAUUUUAUUUUCUGUUGUGUGCUUUGCAAGGUACUGGCUGCAUGCAGACCAGAAGUUGUACGUGCGCAGAAACCAAGUGAAAUAUUGUGGAUUGCAUAUUGGUGUAAUUUGAACUGCAAAAUAAAUUAUGAAAUCUCA